AGACCGACCAGGCGUUUGGGGGCUUUGAAGAAGGCGCGGGUGUUUCACAACCUGCCAGCGCGCCACUGCGCUCCACUUGUUGCUCCUGUAGCCCUGCGCUGCCCGUUGCCAUGCAAAUCCUCUUUGGGGGCCAAUCACGUGUCGUUGAAGGGCCACGUGGAGUGACAAAGCUGAUCUGUCGUCCUCCCCUCACCCACCCCUAGUCUGCAGGGGCAAAAUACCCUGUACGUACACACAUUUUAAGAAAACCUUAUCUUUAAUGCAUGUCUUCUCCUAAAGCUGCUUUCCCUAAUCCUAUGGAACCAGGCCGGCCAUGAAUAUCGCCCCCCCCCCCACGCCUUAGAAAUGAUCGCUUUAUAAACCGCCUCUUGGAAGUUGGGGUUCCGCAAUCCACCUGGGCCACUUGAGUAGAGACCGCGGGUGCCUUCUGCUAGCUUUUCCCCACCGGCUUCUUGCCACGAUGUCUUCAAAACUUAAGGAACGGAAAAAGAUCCCCAUUUCGCACAAAGUGAUCGAAAAGAGGAGGCGGGACCGGAUCAACCGCUGUCUUACCGAGCUCGGGAAAACCGUGCCCAUGGCUUUGGCCAAGCAGAGUUCCGGCAAGCUAGAGAAAGCGGAGAUCCUGGAGAUGACGGUGCAGUACCUGAGGGCCCUGCACUCCGCGGAUUUCCCUCGGGGAAGAGAAAAAGCAGAACUUCUAGCUGAAUUUGCCAACUACUUUUAUUAUGGCUAUCAUGAAUGCAUGAAGAACCUUGUCCACUACCUGACCACAGUAGAGAGGAUGGAGACCAAAGAUACCAAGUAUGCCCGGAUCCUGGCUUUCUUGCAAUCCAAAGCUCACUUUAUCAAGGAACCUAUCUUUACCUCACUGGGAUCUCUUCCAGAGCCAGACUUUUCCUACCAGUUUCCCCCAGCUCCAGACUGCUUGGGUCAAGGCACUAAUGACCCUGUUUUCUCACAGGGGUCUGGGCAUGGUCACUUCUCCUGGCAUGGCUCCACCAGAAAUCCCACCAUUCCUUACAUUCCCAAUACUGCUAUGCCCCUCACUAGUCCAGGACAGCAGCGCAACCCUUUCUUGCCAUCAGUACAAAGUCUGGACCGCCACUACCUCAACCUGUUUGGCCAUUCACACCCCAACACAUUUAGCCUGCCUCCUGGCCAACAUCCAUCUGUGUUGUAGCCUACAUCUGGGAUGUCCAGUUUGUUAUCAAAAGAGGGCUCCCAUGUCUUUCAUGGCUGAACAGAGAACUGGAGGGCUUGUUCUGACAUGUUAUUCCUGAAGGCAAAGAACAUCUUUAAGCCCAUUAGUUAUCUGAAGAGAAUAUAUUACCUUGCACCACAAAGGUCCUCCCGUAACUGUAGACAGACAUGUAACUAAUGGUGGGGAAAGAAUAAAGAUGAACUGCUGGGAGAAGAA